GUUAAAGAGUUGAAGAGUUUGUCACGUGCUCUCCUUCGGGGCAAUGUCCACUUUCACUUUGUUGGGUUUCUCAAGCUGGUCUUUGUUGUGAUGGUCCUGGAAAUAAUAAGCCCACCUGGGAUGAGACUGAAGAAUGGGAUCUGUGGUUUGAUGUGUGGUUACCUUUGAUCCUGCCUGGCAACUAAGUGAAGGGGAGGAAAAAAGAAAGGAAAAAAAAGAAAGAAAAAAUAAAUUCCUGUAAUGCUGACUCAACACCUUUCACACCGUAAGCUUUGAACUGUACACACAACUUCUGCACCUUACUUAUGCUCUGUGUUCCCAGCUAGAAAGCACCUUUGUGCUUCGUGUCAUUUUUCAGCUGAUCAGCCUGCAGUAAACAAUUCCAUGAGCACUAUGAAUUCAAAAGCAAGCUCUGGAGGUGAAGAAGCCUCAGCAAUGAGGACUGAGACCCUGGGGGAGAGCAGAUACUCGGGAGAGGUCAAGAGGGGACAAGCAAUCCUUGUUGCCUACCUGAUUGCAACCCUGGAGCUCACCUUCCUCUUCAUGCAGAUGGGAGUCAUGCCCUACUUGGCAAAGAACCUAGGUUUGGAUUCAGUAGGGUUUGGCUACCUCCAGACAACCUUUGGUGUCCUCCAGCUCGUGGGAGGUCCCAUUUUUGGAAGGUUUGCAGAUCAAUUUGGCACCCGAGCAGCCUUAAUUCUUUCCUGUGCAUCUGGAAGUGCCUUCUUCCUGCUCAUGUCCAUCUCCACCAGCAUCCCCCUUCUCUUCCUCUCCAGGCUCCCAGCAGUGUUCAUGCAUGGGUUACCAGGUGCUCAGAAGGUUAUUACAGACCUGACUGCUCCUUCCCAACGUGCUGAUGCUUUGGGGAAGCUGGGUCUUUGCUUUGGAAUAGGUAUCAUCAUUGGCUCUGCCUUGGGAGGUGUCCUCUCCACCAAAUUUGGCAUUUUCGUUCCUAUAUAUGUUGGGCUGGUGGGAAAUCUCAUAAAUACUAUGAUAGCAAUGGUUUGGAUCCCUUUGCAGGCUAAACCAAAGUCAGACCAUCAUGACAUGGAGAACAGCACAUCGCAGUCUGGCAGUGUGUUUAGCAUCAGAGAAAUCCUGCGCCUGAUGAAGUUUCCAGGAGUGAUGGAAAUUUUCAUAGUCAAGGUCCUUGCUGGACUCCCCAUUGGUUUCUUCCUGGUUAUGUUUUCCAUCAUCUCUAUGGAUUUCUUUGGCUUGGAAGCAGUGGAGUCUGGAUACCUGAUGUCAUAUUUUGGUGUCCUUCAAAUGGUUAUUCAGGGUCUGGUUGUUGGAAAACUCACUAACCACUGCACGGAGAGGACCCUGCUCAGACUCAGCGUCUUCGUCUUCGCCAGCGUGGGCCUAGGCAUGGCCCUGAUGACGACUGUGUGGCACUACUGCAUCGUUGCGGUGCCACUGACGUUCGCGUUCAGCACGCUGGGCACCAUCACCGACAGCAUCCUCACCAAGGCCGUCCCCUCCUCUGACACCGGUACCAUGCUUGGGAUUUGUGCCUCGGUGCAGCCCUUGACCCGGACUGUUGGCCCCACCAUCGGUGGAGUUUUAUACAAACAAUUUGGAGUCUCCUCCUUCGGUUAUUUACAGCUAAUUGUCAAUAUAGGUUUGUUUAUUUACCUUUUAAAGAGUAAAAUCCCACUGAGCGAGAUGAAAAACCAGUAACUCAGCUGCAAAAAAGUAACCCACCCUUACCUUUUUUCAUAGAACUGAAGACGAUCUUGAGUUGUAUUUUUGAUUCCAUAAACCUGUCAUGGUAAACCUGGAAUAAAACCAUUUGAACAGUA